AUGAAAUUGGAAAAAAAGUAUUGUAUCACUGCUGUUGAUGAUGCUUGUAUUAACCAAAGCAUUUUUUACUCUAGUAUACCUUAUGCUUCUAAAGGAAUAGAACGCUUUAUUUUCACGAUUCAAGAGAUCAACAAGAUUAUCCAGCUCCUGUGCAAUCUCACACUUGGCUACAAUAUCCAUGACAACUAUUUGAACACACUUGGCACUUCAGAAGUCUUGCUGGACAUGCUCUCUACUGGAGAAGCCAAUGUUCCCAACUACAGCUGUGGAAGGAAGGACAACAUUUUGGCUCUUCUUGAUGCAGCUGACAGGGAGUUUUCCAUCCAGAUGUCAACAUUAGUAGGCCCCUACAAAGUCCCACAGAUUAGUCAAAGAAUGGCUUCAAAGACUCUGAGUGAUAAAAGUAAUUUCCCUUUUUUCCACCGGAUGCUCCCCAAAGAAGGGUUUCAGUAUUCAGCAAUUGUCCGAGUGCUCCUCCAUUUCAGAUGGACCUUGAUUGGUCUCCUUGCUCCAGACACAGAGGAGGGAGAUAAUUUCCUGAGGACUUUUCCUCCUUUGCUUCUCAGGAAUGGAAUUUGUGUUGUUAUAUCAAAAGAAUUCACAAUGACUGGACUUCCAGCACCCUUCAGGGAUUCCAGCUUUUCUCAGUGGAAACAAGUCAAUGUCUUUGUUCACUUCACAGAACACAUUAUUGUUUCAAGCACUUUUCAUACUUUUCAUCUAACAUUUGACAUUUUGUCAGGACCCAUCAGAGAGAAAAUCUGGAUCACCACAACUUUGGGAAACUAUAUAGUGAGUCAUCUUGGAUAUCACAGAUAUAUCCAUAGUAUUUGGAGCUUUGAAUUUAUGCAAAAAUUAAGUUCAGAAUAUGGUGCUUUUGAACCCUUUUCCUUUUUAGACUCCCAGUAUGAAGGCAAGAAUUUUCAGUGCUCUUUUCCAAAGCAUGUUUUUUCUGUCAAAGGCCGGAAAAGAUGCACCCAAAAAACUCCAGUGGAGACAGAAGAUGAUUUCAAUGGGAUAUUCGUUGAAAACAGUGACUCUGUUUACCUUAUCUUUAUGACUCUGGCCCAUGUCUUGAAGGCUGCAUAUUCAUCCAGAUCCUGGAGGAGAAGGAAGGAGACCCAAGAGACACUGGAGGCUCCAAGGCUGCAACCGUGGCAGUUCCAUCCCUUUUUGGAGAAGAAUGACUUCUACAAUCUUUCCCACUGGAAUCUUUACAUGGACCAUAAUGGAGAAAUAGCUGCAGAUAUGGACAUCGAGUUCUUGGUGAUUUCGCCUGAGGGGGAUUUGAUCCAAAGGAAACUUGGGAAUAUUGAAAGACAGAGAAUUAUUAUUAACAAAAUUGCUCUUUCAUGGAUAAAUCAGCUCAACAAGGAAGUGAUUACUUUUGUUGAUUGA